GUUGUACAGUUGCCCCUGUUCUCUCCUCCUUUCAAUGUAAGAUGGUGGUUUGUGGUGUAAGUAGGUAGCCACUAGCCAGCAUAUAAACUAACUGAAAAGGCCGGCAGUCUCUACAAGACAACUGCUACUGAGUCCAACAGACGGCAGCUUUCUGUAACGGAGUUACUGUCCUAAACAGGCAGACAUCCUGGAGAGGGAUCCCCAAUAACACAUAGGCAGGCGUGUGCAGCUCCUCCUGUCCCUGUCCUGUGACAGCAGCGCAGUCCAGCAGUGUGGAGUCGUAGGAUGUCCCGGAGCCCCGAGGUGAAGGACGAUUCGAUGGAGUGCCCGCUGUGUAUGGAACCACUUGAGAUCGAUGAUGUCAACUUCUUCCCCUGCACCUGCGGAUACCAGAUCUGCCGCUUCUGCUGGCAUCGCAUCAGGACAGAUGAGAACGGUCUCUGUCCCGCCUGCAGAAAGCCCUAUCCAGAAGACCCUGCUGUGUACAAGCCGCUGUCACAGGAGGAACUGCAGAGGAUCAAGAACGAGAAGAAACAGAAGCAGAAUGAGAAGAAGCAGAAGAUCACAGAGAACCGCAAACAUCUGGCCAGUGUCCGAGUGGUCCAGAGGAACCUGGUGUUUGUAGUGGGGCUGUCCCAGAGGCUGGCUGACCCUGAGGUUUUAAAGAGACCAGAAUAUUUUGGGAAGUUCGGGAAGAUUCACAAAGUGGUGAUCAACAACAGCACGUCAUACGCUGGUUCACAGGGACCCAGCGCCAGUGCCUAUGUAACAUAUAUUCGCUCCGAAGACGCUCUCAGAGCAAUCCAGUGUGUCAACAAUGUAGUGGUAGAUGGGAGAACACUGAAGGCUUCUUUAGGAACAACAAAAUACUGCAGUUACUUUUUAAAGAGCAUGCAGUGCCCCAAACCAGACUGCAUGUACCUGCACGAGCUCGGGGAUGAAGCUGCUAGUUUUACAAAAGAGGAGAUGCAGGCAGGAAAGCAUCAAGAGUAUGAACAGAAACUGCUACAAGACCUCUACAAAAUGAACCCCACCUACCUAGCUGUGUCAGGGGACAAACCAAAGGGCAAAGCCAACUCUUUACAGAGGUCCAACAGCUCCAGUAAAGACGGCUGGCUGUUGUUACAGCCUUCAAGUCAGACGGCCAACGGUCUGUCAUCAGACCACAGGAAGAGUCCGCCGCUAGACGGGUCCGACUCUGAACACUUGACCCCCGAGGGGCCUGAAACUGACCUUAGCCUCGGCCCCGUACCCACCCUCUCCCCGUUCUCUUCAAACUGUGACCUUGCUAGCCCCAGCGACAAACUGCCAGACAUCAUCAGUAUAGGCAACGGUGAAACCUCUCAACUGCUCCAGGGCAGUGACUCUCCAUCGCCCCCUCCUGGUCUCAGUAAGCCCAGCCUGGUGGUUCCCAUCAGUGUCACUUGCCACACGGCUCGCUCUCUGUUUGAAGGGGCUGCUGCAGAGUCCCAGUCCCUGUUCUCAGACAACAGUAAUUUCAGGCAUCCUAACCCCCUCCCCAGUGGACUGAGCGGCUUCCCUAGCUCCACACACAGCAACGCCGACUGGCCCACAGCACCAGAACCACAGAGCCUCUUCACCUCAGAUACCAUCCCAGUGUCGUCGUCCACAGACUGGCAGGCAGCGUUUGGCUUCGGCUCGUCCAAACAACAGCAAGACGACGACCUGGGCUUCGACCCCUUCGACAUCACCCGCAAGGCCCUGGCUGAUCUCAUCGAGAAGGAGCUCUCUGUGGAGGACAGCUUCACCUCCCCUCUGUCACCCGGCUCCUUCCCCCACAGAGCCCACGGACCCCUGCUGAAAUCAUUGCCUAACAAAAGCUUCGGCCCCCCAGGAGGGCUCCCGCUCCCCAACCACCUCCCAUCCAACAGCGGCCUCUCUCACCACUACUCUCAGCUUCAGCACCCUCACCGGGGAGGCUACAGCUCCUUCAGCUUUCCCUCUCACCCUUCAUCAUCUUGUUCAUCCUCCUGCUCCUCCACCACCACCUCCUCCUCCUCCUACUCCUCGGCAUCUCGUCAGCCCUGGAUGGGUUCCGGCUCACACAGUAACUUUGUACAUUUGAACCACACAGUUAGUCCAGCAGUCUCCACCUCACACAGCAACUUCUUGGACUUGACAGUGCUGCCAGGACCUCACAGUACUGGGCUGGGAGGAAUCCCCAUCACAGAAAACAGCAGUAGUGUAGAGAAUCUAAAUGUGAAAGAGUGGCAGGAUGGCCUCAGAGCACUCUUACCCAACAUCAACAUCAACUUUGGAGGACUGCCCAACUCCUCAUCUUCCUCAUCGUCAUCCUCCUCCUCAUCCAGCAUCAACCACACAGGGGCACCGGGGGGUUCUGGGAGUGUUUCUCACAGCCUGUGUUGGGAAGGCAGAGCCAGCUGGAUGGACCCAGCCAUCAUCACAGGGAUCCCAGCCUCCAGUGGUAACAGUCUGGACUUUCUUCAGGAUGACAAUCCUCCACAUUGGCUCAAGUCCUUACAGUCGCUUACAGAGAUGGACGCCCCCGCCUCACACAGCGGCCCCUACAGUAGCCAGCAGCCCCCCCACAGAGCCAGCUGGGCCCACUACCCGGCCCCCACCAGCCAAUUUCACUCCCCACCACCUGGCUUCCAGACGGCCUUCAGACCCCCAACACAGACCCAGACAGACCUGUUACAGAGCGCUGCCAUCAACCGCCACUAGGGACUGUCAAAACACACACACUGCGAACCACACCAAAGCAGAAAUACAAAACUAUUAACAACUAAUAAGAUAAUAUACUGUUUUAAUUUUGUCCUCCCAGAUUUUCUGAGCGCUUGUGUUUCUCAUCUUGGUUUCUGAUUGGUUGUUGGAGUUGAUCUAGGCAAGCUACCCCAGCCACACACCUCCUAACACAGUUUGACAGCAUCAUGAUCACUCUGCUGAGACUCUGUUUAGACAAGAAGCAUGAGCAAGGUCCAGGGUUUGAGGAAGUUUGAGUUCGAAGAAGUGUUUGAUCCACAGAAAAUCGUAUCACAAGGGCAAAUACAGUCAUGUUGUGAGGGACUGUUUGAGAGAUGCCGAACACUGAUGUUGCCUUAUGUUUCAGAACAUGAUUACACAAUUGAGUCUUCAAUCAGUCUUAAUAAGAAAAGCUGUUUGCCCUGAAACUCCUGAGCAGAGUAAUCUAGAGACAAUAGGUUGCAUCUGAGAAUCAGACCCUCUGUUUUUUGAUCAGGAAGAAAUGUAAGUUUAAGUAUGAUUUAGGUAUGCUAGAGUGGCUUUUAAAAACAGAAACAUACUUAUUUCUAGAAAUAUUCACAUUCUCAACCCCUGAAGUUACAUCUGAGUUUUCAAGAUGGCAAUACAGCCAGAGACUCAUCAACUGAAUUGUGAAUAAUGGGGAAACCCAGAAGCACAAUUCCAAUACAGCAAAUUCAUGCUGCUUUUGCCUGCAGUAGUUCUACAUGUUGCAAUCAUGACAGUGCAGCUCAUGGAACACAAUGCCUUGAAAUUAGCUUUGUGUAUCUCAAAGCUUUUGCUUCUGGUAUGUUCGGGUAUGUUUUGGGCCUCAGUGGUAGGUCACACCAGAAGAUGGCACGCAGAAAUUCAUUCUCACAUUCUUGUGAGAAUACGUGAUGCUGGAAUCAUGGUGAAGUAGUGACUUCCUGGUCACCACAAACAGUGUCCUGAAGGGGAACUCCACCAAUUUCACACAUCAGCAUUUGUUUCCAGGUGUUAAGUACUACCACAUGUGUGAAAAAGUAGUAUAAAGCCUUUUAUGUCUCCAGAGGGAGCUGUAUGAAAUCUGAUAAACUGUCUCAAGUGAUGUCACUUGAGUCAGUGUCAGUUGGGGCUGAAGAUAAAAGUUUGAGGGUGUUGAGCAUAACACACCCCAAGCUGUACAGUCGAGUGAACUGAGUAGUGUUACUGGUGAUGUAGGCACCAGGUUUUGACAAGGAAAAAGAAUACUUUUACUGUCCAUUAUGAGUCCAACAAUGUUAUAGGAGUGUAAUGCUAAUCCAAUGGAAGACUCUUUUAACAAUUAAUCCAAAGGAAAGGUAUUUGUACCAUCCACUCCUGUCUCACGACAGACUGCCCACCAUGGCUUCAUCUCUUUGAUUGAUUCAGUUAUACUCCAGCAAAGUAGUUCCCAUAGUAGUCCGUUCCCUUCAAUAGUUUCGAUAAAGUAGCUCUAAUUACUUAGGAGCCACAGGAACUAAAAUGAGGAAAUAAACUAGACUAUAAAAGUGUAUUUUGCACGUUCCUGUUUGUUUCCACCACAUCUGAAGAGCCAUGCAGAUUAGGGAAAUUAGUCCAAUAACAGGUGAACAGAAACAGUGAAACACAAGGAAACUACAUCAACAGUCAUUUAGUCUUUUAAAUGUGACCCUCUGGUCAAAUCACAGGAAAGGUUCAUGAGUUUCUUGGUCCCAGAAAUAUUCCUGUGGUAGAAAAGGGCUGAAAGUGAAAUAAACUCUUGACAAAGGAACCAUGCCUCCUUAAGCUAAUACACUGAUCACAGCUAUUUCUAUGACAUGAGUUCAUUUCUAUAAGCUACAAAUGCUGGUGUGACCUUUGGUCUUGUCAUGUUUCACAAGCUCAAAGGAAUUAUGUAGAGAAAUCAAAAACAUAAGCUAAGCCUUUUUCACUUUGAUUGGAGGAGAUGUAGAACUUCUAUUCAGACAAUAGCAGUGAUCCCAUAAAGGGCUGGAGAAGCUCCAAAAUGUAAGUAGACAGCAGAUGCGCACACAAAUGUGUUUGUUGUUAUACUGACUGUCUGCAAACAUGGAUGUAUUCACAUGUUUGUUGUUUCAUAUGUUCCAUGCGGUCAUACAUUUUGUGCCCACACAAACGUGUGUAAUAUUAUGGCGCUAUGCAGACAGUAUAAUAGUAUAAUUUGCGCUUAAGGAGCCUGAUGCUCAUCAUGCUUAAGUAAAAGAGUUUGGGUCUUGCAAAACAAAGACAGGACGUCUUGUAUCUUGCCAAACCUCUGUAUCAGAGGGUCCGAGGUAGACAGACAGCCACGAUAUGUCUCAGUAUGUCAGCUCAGAGUAGGUUUAGCACAGUCAUUGCCACUGUGUGGCGCUCACUGUCAGCUGUUGUCAGAGACCUUGCCCAUGCUCUCAGAUUAUCUGACAGCUUUAAGCCUCAGCUCUCAGUGAUGCUGAAAUGCAGGGGCAGGUGUUGUCCUGUGGUUUGUGUUUGUUCAGACAGGAAAGCUCUGUUUAGUCUUCAUUUAUUAAAUUGUUCUCCUGUCAGUUCUUAGAUAUUUAUAUCAAGGUAUAGAGUUAUAUUUAGAAUUUUUUCUAAAUAUUCUAAAGAUUUAGCUCUCUUAAAUUAAACAGUUCAUCUCAAAGGACUAAUUCUUAAGUAGGAUUAGUGACACUUAACUGUCUGCUUUUUGUUGUUUCUUGAGGCUGUGUGUGUGUGUGUGUGUGUAUGCUGGGAUAGCAAUCCUACAGGACAACUCAAACAAUCAGUAACUUGAGGUCUACAUCAUCAACACCUUCAUUAUCCUCCAGCCUUUAUCGCUCCUAAGUUGUAUGUUCUUUCAUGAGGUCCAGACAGCUUUCAUUAUCCAACAGUAUUCUUGAGGAUGAAAACACUGAUGCAGUCUAACACCUUUUCCACAAUGCUAAAACAUGUCUUAAAUGAAGAGCAGGUCUGGAACAUAAAACAAACUAAAUAUUAAAUAAAAGAGAAAAUCUGA